CUCCCUCUAGCAGAACAGAGGCCAGACCCCCAGCCUGCACCCCUCCGCUGCCACCUCUCCUCCCGGGUUCAGAGGUCACCAUCUCUCUGUCCAGCGAAUCUCUUUCCGCCCCCUCCUGAUGCCGCCCACCCCAGCUCUCAGCCUGCCUCUCUCCCGCCUGUCCUUUUCUAGUGCUCUUGAAAACUAAUCAUAAUCAUAAUAAUUAAUAACAACAGAGCCUGUGGCAGGCCUGAGGCAGCUCUUAAAGAGGCCGAGCCCCAUUUUCUCCCGGCAGAGCUGGCGGGGGCCGGGGACCUGGUGGCUCUGAGAGGUGGCCUUUGCUCCUGCGUCCCCCUCCCCUCCCUGGGCCUGGGGUCGGAGGUGGUGCUGGGAGGCAGUUUUGCCUGCCUUCUCCACCAGCCGCUGGGCUUCGCGUGUUUUAAUUGAACUGUCUUGUCUUAGAGAUAGAUGCUUUCACCGCGUCCAGCUGCUCCUGUGCGUUGGAAAACCCGCUGUAAUACGGCUCUGCGAAAUUCAAAGACGCAGCAGCUGGACUGAUUAAACAGGGAAGGGGACAUUGGCCAGAGCACUCUUUUUAAAUAACGUUUCUGGUAACGCAUUUGUAGAGAAUGCAAAAAAAUAUAAAAAAAAAAAAAAGCUGUAGAAAUGUUAACGAUAUCCACAAGACGCUCAGCGGGAAAUGAGAGCGAUCUGGGUAAUAAAAGCCGAAAUGUAAUUUGUGCGGAUAUGCGACGCGCAGCCUUCAGAGUGGGCCUCGGUUUGCGAAUUCCGGGCUCAUCAGCGAGGCCAGGGAGGGCAGAGCGCGGGGACUGCAGAGGACACUGAGCAGAGGCCUCCACCUGCCAGCUCAGGCCUGGGCCAGAGGGAGUGCCCGUGUGCACUGCCCAAGGGCAGAAGGAGCCUCCCCUGCCCCGCCGGCACCCCCCUCCCGGAGCCCCAUGGGGGAGGUGCGGGCUGCCCACCUGGCAGGGAGCCGCCCCGGAACCAACGCUGGGUCACAGCAGGCACCUCCUGUCGUGUUUGAUUGCAGCUACCAGGAUGGACUAAACUGGGUCAGAAGGAGGUCUCCUCCGUGUCGGGGCGCCUGUGAUGAGCCAGGGAGAGUACAUGGCAUGGGGCUGUGACACGUCCUGUGGGCAGGGGCCGAGCCCUCUCCAGGGUCCGAGCCCUCUCCAGGGUCAUGCGCUUCAGUCCCUGAGUCCGGGCAGCCGACUGCCAAGGGCAGGGAGGUUGGCCUGGGCUGUGCUGACAGGGUUUCUGGGGUUGCCCAGCCGCCCCAGGCUUGACCCCUCCCUGGUCAGCACCCCGCCCCACCCCCCGGCCACCGCAUGAGGAGAGCAUGGAGGUGGGAUCUGGGUGAAGAAGGGGUGAGCUGCACCUCUUGGGGGAGGUGUGCCUGUCCCCCACCCCGUUCUCUGUGCUCCCCCCGCAGAGCCCUGGAGGCUCGUAGCCCAUAGCGAGCCACCCCUUCCUCUUUGGGGUUGGGAACGGGCACUGCGAGGUUCCCUGUGCCCUCCUGGGGGCCUGGGCUGUGCAGGCGAGCAUGGUGUGUGUAAACGCCGUGCCCAGGGGUGCAGGCUACCGCCAGCCCUCGCCAUGAGGACUCCUGAGCCUGGGGCAUCCUUACUCCUUCCUCCCUCCUCCGAGGGUCUUGGGUGGCGGCAGGACCACCAUUAGCCUGGACGCUGCAGCUGGCCUGUUAUGUGAAUCCAGUUGUUCUGCCCUGAAGGCCCCCCCCACCCCCACUCCAGGGUCACUUCCUGACCCCCGAUCCUGCUUUGGGGCAGGUCGGACCCUGUGCGCGCCGGCCCCUAAAAUCAUAAACAGAUGGGCUCUCGGCCUGGCCCUGACCCCGUGCAGGCCCCGCCCACCCAGGAGGCCCAGGGCUGCCUCUCACGUGGAGGGACCGCAGCCCUGUCCCCCAUCAGCAUGUGCUGCCUCUCUCGGGGCCACGUAAUCUGUUUACGUGCCUACGGUAUGAAAAAUAGGAGGCAGGUGCUGCCGUCCUGCGUUCCUGGGAGUCGAGGAGGGGACAUUUUAUGCCUACAGUGGCUCGGCAGCCCCUAAUCAGCGUCUGCUGGAAGGAACAGACAGAUUCCAGAUGGCAUGGCAGUGAUGGAGGAGGUGUGUGUGUGUGUGUGCGCGCGUGCGCGCACGCCAGGCCUCGAUAACCAGCCCGAGUCAUGCAGUCUUUUCGAGAAAGGUGUGGUUUCCAUGGCAAACAACAGACCUACCAGCAGACCUCACAGGAGACAUCUCGCCUGGAGAAUUACCGGCAGCCGAGUCAGGCUGGGCUGAGCUGCGACCGGCAGCGUCUGCUGACCAAGGACUAUUACGGCCCGCAGCCCUUCCCCAGCUACGAGGGCGGCGCCGGCACGCCCGCCACGGCGGCGCGCGCCAGCAAAGGCCUGUCCUCUCCGCAGGCCCCGCAGGGGAGGCCGUCCUUCGCGGGCUACGCCGUCCAGGACGGCAGCCCCUACCCCGGCCGCUACUCGGGGGAGGAGGGCCUGCAGGCCUGGGGGGCGCCGCAGCCACCACCCCCGCAGCCGCAACCCCUGCCAGGGGCGGUGGGCAAAUAUGACGAGAACCUGAUGAAGAAGACAGCAGCGCCCCCCGCCCGGCAGUACCCAGAGCAGGGCGCCCAGCUGCCCUUUCGGACUCACACCCUCCACGUCCAGCAGCAGCUGUCGCAGCCCCUGGCUUACCCCAAGCUCCAAAGGCAGAAACCCCAGAACGACCUCGCCUCGCCCCUGCCCUUCCCCCCGGGCAGCCACUUCCCCCAGCAGUCCCAGUCCUUCCCCGUCUCCUCCACCUACUCCUCCACCGGCCAGGGUGGCGGGCAGGGGGCCCACUCCUACAAGAGCUGCACGGCCCCGUCCACCCAGCCCCACGACAGGCCGCUGACCGCCAACGCCGGCCUGGCCCCAGGCCAGCGGGUCCCAAGCCUUCACGCCUACCAGCCUGGGCGCCUCAGCUACGAGCCACAGAAGCAGCAGCAGCAGCAAGCCCUCCAGAGCCGCCACCACGCCCAGGAGACCCUCCACUACCAGAGCCUCACCAAGUACCAACACUACGGGCAGCAGGGCCCCGGCUACUGCCAGCCGGACGCGGCCGUCAGGACCCCGGAGCAGUACUACCAGACCUUCAGCCCCGGCUCCAGCCACUCGCCCGCCCGCUCCGUGGGCCGCUCCCCUUCCUACAGCUCCACCCCGUCGCCGCUGAUGCCCAACCUGGAGAACUUUCCCUACAACCAGCAGCCGCUUGGCCCUGGAGCCUUCCCCGCCGGUCUCGCGGACCACAGCCACUUCCUGCCCCUGCUCAACCCCUCCCCGACGGACGCCGCCGGCUCCGUGGACGCCCAGGCCGCCAACUGCAAGGCCCUGCAGAAGGACAAGCUUCCCGAGAGCCUGCUGUCAGACCUGAGCCUGCACAGCCUCACGGCGCUGACCUCGCAGGUGGAGAACAUCUCCAACACCGUGCAGCAGCUGCUGCUCUCCAAGGCGGCCAUGCCCCAGAAGAAGGGCGUCAAGAGCCUGGCGGCCCGGACCCCGGAGCAGCACAAGAGCCAGCACUGCAGCCCCGAGGGCAGCGGCUACUCGGCCGAGCCGGCAGGCACGCCGCUGUCGGAUCCGCUGAGCAGCACCCCGCAGUCCACGCACGCCGAGCCGCCCGAGGCCGACUACCUGAGCGGCUCCGAGGACCCGCUGGAGCGCAGCUUCCUCUACUGCAGCCAGGCCCGCGGCAGCCCCGCCAGGGUCCACGGCAGCUCCAAGGCCAAGCCCGAGUCCGUGUCCACCUGCUCUGUGACUUCACCCGACGACAUGUCCACCAAGUCCGAUGACUCCUUCCAGAGCCUGCACGGCAGCCUGCCGCUCGACAGCUUCUCCAAGCUUGUGGCUGGAGAGCGGGACUGCCCGCGCCUGCUGCUCAGCGCCCUGGCACAGGAGGACCUGGCCUCCGAGAUCCUGGGGCUGCAGGAGGCCAUCAGCGAGAAGGCCGACAAGGUCUGGGCCGAGGCGCCCGGCCUGGCCAAGGACACCGGCAAGCCACCCUUCUCGCUGGAGAACCACAGCGCCUGCUUGGACCCCAUGGCCAAGGGUGCGUGGCCGCGGCCGGGGGAGCAGGACGCCCUGCCCGAGACCCUACAGCUGGAGAAGGGCGGCGGCACCAAGGACUUCGGCCCGGGGCUGUUCGAAGAUCCCUCCGUGGGCUUCGCCACCCCUGACCCCAAGAAGACAACUGGUCCCCUCUCCUUUGGUGCCAAGCCCACGCUGGGGGCCGCCGCCUCGGACCCCGCCACGGCGGCUUUCGACUGCUUCCCAGACACGACUGCCGCCAGCUCGGCGGACAGCGCCAACCCCUUCGCCUGGCCCGAGGAGAACCUGGGGGACGCCUGUCCCCGGUGGGGGCUGCACCCCGGCGAGCUCACCAAGGGCCUGGAGCAGGGCGGGAAGGCCGCCGACAGCGUUGGCCAGGAGGACGCCCGCGAGGCUUCGGCCUGCCUGGGCUUCCAGGAGGAGCAGCCCUCGGCGGAGAAGGCCGUGGUGCCCCGGGACUCCCAGCAGGAGGAGGGGGGAGGGGUGAAGGAGGAGGCGGGUGGGCUGCUGCAGUGUCCCGAGGUGGGCAAGGCCGACCGGUGGCUGGAGGACAGCCGGCACUGCUGCUCCGCCGCUGACUUCGGAGACCUCCCGUUGCUGCCGCCCGCCGGCAGGAAGGGGGACUUGGAGGCGGAGGAGUACUCGUCUCUGUGCGAGCUCCUGGGCAGCCCCGAGCAGAGGCCGGGCCUGCAGGACCCGCUGUCGCCCAAGGCCCCGCUGCUGUGUGGCAAGGAGGAGGUGGAGGAGGUGCUGGACCCCAAGGCCGGCUGGGGCUCCCCGUGUGCCCUGUCUGGCGAGUCCGUCAUCUUGCUGGGCCCCACCGUGGGCACCGAGUCCAAGGUGCAGAGCUGGUUCGAGUCCUCCCUCUCCCACAUGAAGCCAGGGGAAGAGGGGCCCGAGGGGGCGCUGGCCCCAGGGGAUUCCACCACCCUGGCCCCGGAAGCCUCCCUGACCCAGAAGCCGAACAAGCCUGCUGUGCCCGAGGCGCCCAUCGCCAAGAAGGAGCCUGUGCCUCGCGGCAAAAGCUUACGGAGCCGGCGGGUGCACCGGGGGCUGCCCGAGGCCGAGGAUUCCCCGUGCAGGGCGCCGGCGCUGCCCAAAGACCUGCUGCUCCCUGAAUCGUGCACGGGGCCCCCCCAGGGACAGAUGGAAGGGGCGGGGGCCCCAGGCCGGGGGACCUCGGAAGGGCUCCCCAGGAUGUGCACCCGCUCCUUCACGGCCCUGAGUGAGCCCCGCACGCCCGGACCCCCGGGCCUUCCCACCACCCCUGCCCCCCCAGACAAGCUGGGGGGCAAGCAGCGAGCUGCCUUCAAGUCGGGCAAGCGGGUGGGGAAGCCCUCCCCCAAGGCCGCAUCCAGCCCCAGCAACCCGGCCGCCCUGCCCGUGGCCUCCGACAGCAGUCCCAUGGGCUCCAAGACCAAGGAGACAGACUCGCCGGAUGCACCAGGCAAAGACCAGCGCUCCAUGAUCCUCCGGUCCCGCACCAGGACCCAGGAGGCCUUCCACUGCAAGCGGCGGCGGGCCUCGGAGAGCCGGCUCCCCAACUGCCGCGCCGCCAAGAAGCUCCUCGCCAACAACCACCUGCCCGCCACGUUCAAGGUCGCCGGUAGCCCCCAGAAGGAGGGCAGGGUGGGCCAGCGGGCAAGGGUCCCCAAGCCUGGUGCAGGCGGCAAGCUCUCCGAUCGGCCCCUCCACACCCUCAAGAGGAAGUCGGCCUUCAUGGCGCCUGUCCCCACCAAGAAGCGCAACCUGGUCUUACGCAGCGGCAGCACCAGCGGGGACACGAAGGAGGAGGGGGCCGAGGGCCCUCCCACCCUCUUCAAGAGGAUGACGUCUCCCAAGAAGGCCAAGCCCACCAAGGGCAACGGUGAGCCCACGGCAAAGCUGCCGCCCCCGGAGACCCCUGACGCCAGCCUGAAGCUGGCCUCACGGGCGUCCGUCCAGGGGGCCAUGAAGACCAAGGUGCUGCCCCCCCGGAAAGGCCGGGGCCUGAAGCUGGAGGCCAUCGUGCAGAAGAUCACCUCGCCCAGCCUGAAAAAGUUCGCGUGCAGAGCACCAGGGGCCCCUCCCGGGAAUCCUCUGAGCCCAUCCCUCCCCGAGAAGGACCGCGGGCUCAAGAGCGCAGGGGGCAGCCCGCUGGGGGCAGAAGAAGGUCUCUUAAACGUGAGCACUGGGCAGAAGUUCCCAGCAGCCUUGGGGGCCGAUCCGUUAUGCAGAAAUCCAACCAACAGAUCCUUAAAAGGCAAACUCGUGAACAAUAAGAAACUGUCCUCCACCGACGGUUUCAAAACUGAGGCCUUCACAUCCCCAGAGGCCCUACUGCCCGGGGGCACUGCCCUGGCACCUAAGAAGAGAAGCCGGAAAGGCAGGGCUGGAGCCCUCGGACUCCCCAAAGGCUCCCUGGAGAAGAGGCCUCAUCUCGGCCCAGCUCUGCUCCUGACGGCCAGCAGCACGCAGGGGGGCAGCGAGGACAGCCCUGGCGGAGGAGGCAAGAAGCCAAAGACGGAGGAGCUGGGGCUGGCCUCCCAGCCCCCUGAGGGCCGGCCCUGCCAGCCCCAGGUGAGGGCACAGAAGCAGCCUGGCCACGCCAACUACAGCAGCUAUUCCAAGCGGAAGCGCCUGACGCGGGGCCGGGCCAAGAACGCCACCACCUCACCCUGUAAGGGGCGUGCCAAGCGGCGGCGGCAGCAGCAGGUGCUGCCCCUGGAUCCCGCAGAGCCUGAAAUCCGCCUCAAAUACAUUUCCUCCUGCAAGCGGCUGCGAGCAGACAGCCGCACCCCCGCCUUCUCACCCUUCGUGCGGGUGGAGAAGCGGGAUGCGUUCACCACCGUAUGCACUGUUGUCAACUCCCCCGGAGACGAGCCCAAGCCCCACAGGAAGCCUUCCUCCUCUUCAUCCUCUUGCUCCUCCUCCCUGGAUGCGGCCGGGGCCUCCCUAGCCACGCUCCCUGGAGGCUCCGUCCUGCAGCCUCGGCCCUCCCUGCCCCUCUCCUCCACCAUGCAUCUGGGGCCCGUGGUCUCCAAGGCCCUGAGUACCUCUUGCCUUGUUUGCUGCCUCUGCCAAAACCCAGCCAACUUCAAGGACCUCGGGGACCUCUGUGGGCCCUACUACCCCGGACACUGCCUCCCCAAAAAGAAGCCAAAACUCAAGGAGAAGGUGCGGCCAGAGAGCACCUGCGAGGAGGCCUCGCUGCCUCUUGAGAGGACACUCAAAGGCCUCGAGUGCCCAGCUGCCGCUGCCGCCACCACCACCACCACCACCACCACCGGGAAGCCCCCCAGGCCUGACGGCCCAGCCGAUCCAGCCAAGCAGGGCUCCCUGCGCACCAGCGCCCGGGGCCUGUCCCGGCGGCUGCAGAGUUGCUACUGCUGUGACGGUCGGGGGGAAGGUGGUGAAGAGACAGCCCCAGCUGACAGGAGCCGCAAGCACGAGUGCAGCAAGGAGCCGCCGGCAGAGCCUGGCGGGGACGCACAGGAGCACUGGGUGCACGAGGCCUGCGCCGUGUGGACGGGCGGGGUCUACCUGGUGGCCGGGAAGCUCUUUGGGCUGCAGGAGGCCAUGAAGGUGGCCAUGGACAUGACUUGUUCCAGCUGCCAGGAAGCCGGGGCCACCAUCGGGUGCUGCCACAAAGGAUGCAUCCACACCUACCAUUACCCAUGUGCCAGCGAUGCGGGUAAGAGCCAGCCCAAGGGGACCGAAGGUCGGGGGACGCAGGCACAGCUCCUCGAGCUGACCCCACUUGACCCAUCGGCUUCCCUCUUCUCCUGCCCCAGCAAUUCUUUACCUUCUCAUGUCUCGCGGCUGGGCCCUGAGCUGGGCAGUGCUGGUGACAAGGAGACACGUCCGUCCCCAGCCACCUGCUGGAGGAGGGCCCAGAAGCACAAAUUGGAAAGCUGUAUGUGAGCUGCCGUUGCCGAGGGGUGCCUACAGCUCGGGAGGGUCUCGGGCCUCCAAGAGCAGGGCUACUGGGCUGGGCCUUGGAAAAAGGCUGAAUAGGAGUUCACUGGGUUGGAGAAAAAGGAGAAAAGAUAGUUCAGUAACAAAAACUGAGUGAGAUGGAAGAAGAGGAAGUUCAAGACAGACUCCCCCUGGCUCCACGGCACAGCUGUGGAAGGUUUAAGCAGGACGGUGGGCCCUGGAGUCAGGACCAGGCUCCCCUGCACCUGCCCCAUUCUCUCCACUCCCCCACUCACUUGACCCGCGGGCAUUUAUCGAGCACCUACCAUCACCAGGCAGGUGGCAUACUGAUGGCCUGGGCCAGAGAGCCCGGAGCCCCCAGUCCUGGUGGCAUGCUUCAGGUGUGGACUGGGUGAGUCCACCACUGUCUCUGCACUCGGCUCCCCAUCUGUAAAGCUGAAGUUAGAGUCAUUUCUUCUUUCUGCAGCCGUCUGGAGCAGGGAGUGAGAUCACAAGCACGACCCGGAAAGGGCAGCCCCGGUCCGAUUUGGGGGCCAGCCCCCGCAAUCUCUGUCCCCCGCCCCCUGCUGCCCUGGAAGAGGGUGAGGUUAUCGUGACCCUGUCGCACGGCGGCAGGGCAGAGGCAUCUCCUGGCAGGACCCUUGCUGCUCCCACAGCCCAGGGACCCCUCUUCCCACCUGAAUGCCACUUCCUGGCAUCAGCCCGCACCGAGCCGCCCCCAGGAGCACACACGGGACUGAGCGGUGACGGUUCCUUGGUGAGGGCUGAGGCGCUAGCACCUCAGGGAGGGAACGCGCUGGAGUGGGACAUGGGGCCGCUCUGGCUCCACACCCUGCCCUGAGGGCCGCGGGAACCAGAUUGUAAUGUGGACUCCGCCACUUCACCAGACCCCGGGCCUGACCUCCAGGAACAGGUGCCGCGGGCUGCAGCUCUCCUCCCGCAGUGACUAGGUUUGCGCCUGCGCUCUGCCAGCCCCGUGCCAGGCCUUGCACUGUCUCCAGCGGCACCUUCACAGACAGGCUGUCUUACCCGUGGCCACAGCACUGCAGGAACAGGACCAGGGGGUGACUCACUGUCUGGCCGGCUCCACGUCCUGCGCGCUGUCCUCUCCAGUGUUGCAGCUUCCCAGCCUCCUUGGGGGCUCAUGUCUCAGUGGGACAGACAGGAAAACCAUGAUCCUUGCCUAAAGUUACGGAGACCAGACAAGGAGAGACUGUGCUGAGAGAUCCAUCCUGAGUUGGGAGGGAAUCCAGGAGGGCUUCUAGGAGGAGGUGACAUUGGAGCCAGUCCUCAAGAGGUCAAGGGAGGUGGGCAGGAGCUGGCUUGUGGUGGGACAUAUAUACCAGGCUUGGAGCGAUACAAACUGUUUCCAGUGAUAUCUUUAAGGGAUUCCCCAUCUAGUAGGGCUCUCUGUAGGGCCGCAGGGGGCAGAUGAGAUGCUGGCCUGAGCAGACCUGUGACGGAGCCCUGCAUUCCGGAGAGAGGGGCUGCAGGUGCAGAUGGAGCCUGCGCCUCAGAGGCUUUGCACGCACAGGAAGCCGGGCCAUGCUGGGAGGAGGGGGGAGAGGGAGGUGGCCAGCGUCCCCAGGUCAGUGAGCAGGCCCGAGGCAGGGCAGGCUGUGCCACUGGUGUAUCAGCCACCGGACCUUCCAGGCCCAGCCUCCAGCACAUCUCAGGAGGGUGUGUGUGGGCAGGCGGGCCCUGCCGCAUGCCAGAUUGAGCUCACCCAGGUGGCCGUAGUCAGCCGGCAGCUCAGCUGAGGCUGGUGGACCCAGAUGAGCUAGGGCCCCAGCUGGGCAGCUCCUCUCUACUCUGCAUGGCCUCCCCGCUCCACCAGGUCCAGCUGGGCAGCCCCCUCUCUCCUUCACAGAGGGGCUGUGCAAGGCCGGGUGGGGGGGGGCGGUUAAUCCCCACACGUGCAGCUCCCUUUGGGGUUGAACUUGAGGCAUCUGCCUAAAGGUUGGAGAGUUUGGCAGAGC